GGAUAUCGAACAAAAAUGCUUCAAAUUAAAUUAAACCCAACCACAAGUGUACUUAGAUUAAACCCACACUACAACAGGCAUUUUUAGUCUAUAUUUGAAGUCACUGUUAGAGCCAAAUGAAGGUUGAUACAGUCUGCUGCUUAUUUGUUGUAGCUGUCAUCAGUCAAGGAGCUGUUGCUAACAGUCUGCAGAAAAGUCUACUGGUCAAAUUUUCUAAGGAGCAUGACACUCGUCAGGAUGAUGACUUUAAAUGCUUCACUGCCUUUAAUGACAGCUUGCCUCAAAGCUGUAACAUAUCUGCACUACUUGAUCUUGACCCAACCUCUGAUCUCAGUGAUGCCCAGCUAGCUGAAAUAAACCAAGCUUACUCCAGACACUGCAUCUCUUCCUGCCUUGACCCAUUGGUUACAUUGUAUCGCUGCCUAAAUACAGCAAAUAAUGUUUCUUCAGCUACAAUAAAUUUUCAAUCAGAAUUUCUUCAAAAUGGAGUCUGUGGACAAGAGAGUGGAGACUACUGUCUUGUUCUAAUUGCUCGACAGAAUCGUACUAACAGUGCUGUAUUUGAUCAAAUUGAUGAUGCUUGCUAUUUUAAUUUUGGAAUAGUCUGCAACAGUACAACCUCUGCUAGGUGUCUCAAUAGUCUUACUAGGACUGCUUCAUUGAUUGGUUGCUGUGCUCGUCCUUAUAUUGGAUCUGGUAUUGAUAGCUGCCCUGGAGUCAAUGCAGAUCCUUCAUGCAAUAGUCCUGCUAACAAGGUUUAUCCCCUUGCUACUCUGUCAUUCAUUGCUGUGAUCCUCCUUACUUUUUUCUUUUAAAACUUUAUACAUUGAUACUGAACUUUAAGCCACUAUUAUUGUGAUUGCUAUAGGCCUAUUAAUUUAUUAGACUGUUGUAGUUGUUGUAGAUUUAAAGUAUUAGGGAUUUUGACAACCAAUUAAUUUUUGAUAUUGUUAUUUGAACUAAUAUUAUAACACUAAAUUGUGCAUGUUUGAAAUGCACUUAUAGAUUGCUUAUUUUGCUAUUUCAGUCCAUUAGAUGGGGGAUUCCACCUCAUUCCCUA